UGGAGUGGAGCCCAUUGGUGAACCUCUGCUUAGCUGGCUCCAACCUCUUUUUAUGGACCUUGUCUCCCUCACUACAAGUAAAAGCCUUUUCACUCCAAAAACUCUUCCAUUCUUCUUUUUCAACUCUCUCUCUCAGAUCUAUUCAAUCUCAGAUCAUCAUCAUCGUUUUCUCCAUCUACCUCUUCCAAUUCAUUCCUUUUGUUUGCUGUGGAUUGAUAUCAUCAUAGUCGCCGUCGCCGUCAUCAUCGUCGUUGUCGAGUUAUUUUAGGAGUAUAGGACUGUUUCUAUAUAGUCUAUAGUGUGUGAAAACUGUGAGGGGUGAGGUGUGUUUGUUUAGUGGGAUUUGAUAGAUGUGGAAAUCCUUGAUGGUUGUUUGGUGAAAUGAGGGAUGUUAUCGGAGUUAGUGAACUUUCUGAAGGCCUGCUUUCGGCCGGGUUUGGAUGGACAUGGACGCACAUCGUCGGAUUCUGGAGGUAAACAAGAUGGAUUAUUAUGGUACAAAGACUCGGGGCAGCACUUAUGUGGUGAAUUUUCGAUGGCUGUAGUGCAAGCCAAUAACUUGCUGGAGGAUCAGAGUCAGGUUGAAUCGGGUAGUUUGAGCUUGAAUGAGUCGGGUCCUCAUGGAACCUUUGUUGGUGUCUAUGAUGGGCACGGAGGGCCUGAGACGUCACGGUUUAUCAACAAACACCUAUUUCAACAUCUCAAGAGGUUUACUACUGAGCAACAAUCAAUGUCGGUGGAUGUAAUUCGCAAGGCAUUCCAAGCAACAGAAGAGGGGUUUAUGUCACUAGUUACGCAACUGUGGCCAAUUUCACCGCAAAUUGCAGCAGUUGGAUCAUGUUGUCUUGUUGGUGUUAUUUGUAACGGAACCCUUUAUAUAGCAAAUCUCGGCGAUUCCAGGGCUGUUUUGGGAAGAACGGUUAAAGCAACCGGUGAAGUUUUAGCCAUGCAGUUAUCAACAGAGCACAAUGCAUCCAUAGAGUCUAUAAGACAGGAGCUUCAUUCUUUGCACCCUGACGAUUCAAAUAUCGUUGUCUUAAAGCAUAACGUAUGGCGUGUGAAGGGAAUUAUUCAAAUUUCUAGAUGUAUUGGCGAUGUAUAUUUGAAGAAAGCCGAGUUCAAUAGAGAACCAUUAUAUCCUAAGUUCCGACUUCACGAGCCGUUCAAGAGGCCGAUAUUGAGCUCAGAACCAUCAAUAUUAGUGCAUCAGUUGCAGCCUCAAGAUCAAUUUAUAAUAUUCGCAUCCGAUGGGCUCUGGGAACAUUUCAGCAACCAAGAAGCAGUUGAUAUUGUUCAAAACAAUCCUCACGCCGGAAUUGCGAGGAGGAUGGUGAAAACAGCAUUGAAAGCGGCUGCAAAGAAGAGAGAAAUGAGAUAUUCAGAUUUAAACAAAAUAGACCGAGGAGUUCGUCGACAUUUCCACGAUGAUAUCACUGUGAUAGUUGUAUUUCUUGACACAAAUAUGAUGAGUAGGGCAAGCAGUGUGAAGUUCCCUAGUAUUUCUGUGAAAGGUGGUGGUGUUAGCCUCCCUCACAACUCAUUAGCACCUUGUACUACUACAACAGAUAAUGGUAGUACUUGAUCAUAUGUUUAAAUUUAAUUUAAUUGGGAUCUAUAUACUAGUAGGAUUUAGAGUAUGAAGAAAUAUAAUUUACAUUGCAUAUCUUUUCAA